CUGGAAGGAAGAGACGAUGAUGGAUGAGAAAAGAGGUUAUUUUGAGCUGAGGGAGGAGAGAGUUGACCUGAGGAAGAGAAAGUGGAGGGGAGUGGGAAUCACGAUUUUGUUGUUGUUGUUGCUUGGGGUGAGUUUUUGGGGGUCGGGGGCUUGGACGUGGAGGGAUGGUUGGGUUUAUGGGUUCGGGGAUUCGAGGGAUGAACCUGAAAGGGAGCAUACGUCCAAGACGGUGUUUUCUUGGAGCCAGAUUACACCAUCGAAAGAACUCGAGUACACGCCUUGCUUCGACGAUUUCCUAUGCGCAAGACUCGAUGUACCUCUGAACUGGAAUGCAAGCGACAAAGAAGGUGAACUGAGAGCAGCUGUCGCAAUCGUGAAAGUCCCAGCUAGAGUACCAGUCGCCGAUCCAAGAUAUGGCGGGUCGGUGUUGAUGAACCCAGGAGGACCAGGAGAAUCCGGCGUCAAUCAAGUCCUCAGCUCAGGAAAACAAAUGCAAACCAUCCUCGACUCACCACUCCCGCUCUCAGAACCCAGCAACGGCAAGUAUUUCGACAUAAUCGGCUUUGAUCCCCGAGGCGUAAACAACACCACACCUCGUCUGAGAUGUUUUCCAGAUGCAUUCAAUCAACAGUACUGGCUGCUGAAGUUCCCGGAUUAUUCAUUUCUCUGGGAUUAUAGGUCAGUGCUGGGAAUGGAGUGGGCGAGAGCGGAAGCGAUGGGCGCGAGUUGUCAGAGGGAGGGUGAUGAGAGUGAUAUGGCGCGGUAUGCGAAUACGGCGCAGACGGUGAACGAUAUGUUGGAGUUUGUGGAGAGGCAUGGGGAAUGGAGGGAGAAGAUGGCGGAGUCCAUUGUGACGAGUGAGGGAAUUUCUGCUGCGGAAAAGAAAGACAUCGUUGAGCGCACGGCGUGGAAGAAAGGUAAUGAGAAGAUCCAAUACUGGGGUAUUAGCUAUGGGACGCUGCUUGGCCAGACCUUUGCUGCCAUGCAUCCAGAUCGCGUACACAGACUUGUUAUCGAUGGAGUGGUUGAUCCUGACGAUCAUUAUUCUGGCACAUGGCUCACUCAGCUGCAAGACUCGGAUCAGAUUGUGACCAAGUUCUGCGAGUACUGCUAUGAAGCCGGACCAGAAAAAUGCCCACUCUGGACUGGGACCUCCGGGAAAGACGUCGAGAUACGACUUACCAGAAUCAUGGACGACUUGAAAACAAAUCCUAUCUCCGUGGCAGCAGUUGGUCAUUACGGCCCCGAAGUCGUUACAUGGGGAGAUAUGCUCCUGCACUUACUCAGCGGAAUGUUCUUCCCAUACUCAUCCGCCGAACUCUUCUUCGACAUGCUUGCCGAACUCGAAGUCAGGAAUGGAAGCCGAGUCGGGAAAAUGAAGCAAUCCGGUGUACGUGCAGCCGAAAUCCCCGCAGAAUGCAUUCGAGAUGGCCCAUUCUCCGACGCUUGCGUGACCAGUCAUUAUAUCUCUGGCAUGGGAAGUUUCCAGUCCAUCUCGUGCAUGGAUAUUGCGGGUAGGAACAAUAUCACGAAGCAGGACUUCCGGGAGUACGUCGUGGAGUUGAGAAACCAGAGUAAGUGGUUGUAUACGAGCUGGGCGAGGAAUAAGCUUGCUUGCUUGGGGUAUACGGUUCCUCCUGUCUGGUUUUUCGAGGGUCCGAUUGCGGGAAACACUUCUCAUCCGUUGCUCAUUAUUGGAAAUACGCAUGAUACUGUGACACCGUUGAGAAACGCUCGUCGAGUAUCAACACUUUUUCCAGGCUCAGCUGUCCUGCACCAAAAUUCGCAAGGACAUUGCUCGUACUCAAGUCCAUCACUUUGCACUGGCAAAACGGUACGGGAAUACUUUCAAACGGGCAAGACACCACCGCCAGAUACGGUCUGUGAGCCAGAAUGGAAGCCUUUCAUAGGCUGCUUGAAGAAGGAUACGAACGGUGAUUGCGAAAAGCUCAAUGCAGAUGACCAGAUAUUGUGGGAUGCGAUGAAAGGCGUGGCAGAGUGAGAACGUCUCCCUCAUCAACUUGAUUUAUCUUUGUGCGCAUGGCGAUUUCCUGAUUUUAUCGAUAUCCAAACACUUCCUUACGACUCAUGACUGCACGAAAAUAGCAAAUAUCCAAGACCAAAAAGCGAUGAUGAUUCUUCUUCCACAGUCAAAGCACAAGGCAUAACGAAAUAGAACAGCAGUGAUGAUGAGCACUCCAUAGAAUACCAUCCAUAUACCCCCUCUGCGUCGUUUCAGACACUUUUCAAUAACAAGAUGUCGUAAUCUGAUCGCCCGCUACGCUGGUGGCGGCGUGGCUAGCGAGACACUUGGUUCGGAUUCAGCCUCAACCGUCAUGUCUAUGCCGUCCCAGCUGCAUGGCUAGGCGUUCUCCAUUCUUG